ACAUUAAACGGGUCUACAUAAAGCCACUGUAUUCAACUGGGAUUAAUCAAUCUGAUAAAAUACCAAGUUGAAUAUUUUGUAAAUUGUACACAUUUCCAUUGGAUGUUCGUGAAUAGCCUCCGGGCUCUUAGUGGUGGUCUUGUGCUCCCGUGUUAAUCCGCUCACUCUGUGCCUUUAUCAGUCGUCCUUUGUGCAGGCAUACACACUGGACUGCUGACCGUGGACCGAACAUACCGGACCACCAUUGUCUCCUCACCAUGAUAUGUGCUGACCUGGUCACAGCCGGCCCCUGGUGUCCUGGGGGCGCGCCUCUCUGCGGGCUGCGAAACGUGCAAGAGUGGGCGAGGCCUUGCGGGAACGUGUGGCUGCAGGAGAGCCCCACCCAUAUACCAUCCCUCACCCACCUCCGCACCAUUCAUGACCUGACUGCCCAUAUAAAACUGAAGCGCCAGGUCCUCCCAAAACUCUGCGCGAGGCAGGCGGUAGGUGGUAGGUGCAUUUGACUCCAGAGCUCUUCCCCCAAAUAAAGUAGGCGUGAAGAUGUUCAGAACGACCAGGUCCCCGCUGAUGCAACCCCCGGGCAACUCAGGAACGGGCAUGGCUCUCGUCUUCAAGGUGACUGUGUACGAGCAGGAGCAUUUCCAGGGCAAGUGCCUGGAGUUCACCUCAGAGUGUGUUAAUAUCCAGGAGUGUGGUCUGGACAACAUCCGCUCCAUCAGGGUAGAGAGUGGCGCCUGGGUCGGUUUCGAGCACCAUGACUUCCAAGGCCAGCAGUUGAUCCUUGAGAGAGGAGAAUACCCCCACUGGGACUCAUACAGCGGCUCCCUCUCUUACCACGUCGAACGCCUCAUGUCUCUACGCCCCAUCCACUGCGCUUCUCACCAGAGCAGCCGCAUGAUCAUCUUUGAGAAGGAGAAUUUCAUGGGCCUCAGCGUAGAGGUCUGUGAUGACUACCCCUCUCUGCAGGCCAUGGGCUGGCUGACACCUGAAGUGGGCUCCAUGCAUGUGCAGUGCGGCGCCUUUGUGUGCUACCAGUUCCCCGGCUACAGGGGCCAGCAGUACAUCAUGGAGUGCGAGAGACACAGUGGGGAAUACCAGCAUUGCAAAACCUGGGGCUCCCACUGCCAAACUCCCCAGAUCCAGUCCAUCAGGCGCAUCCAGCACUGAGAGGAGGACAGCAAAUCUGACACGACAGCUCCUUUCUACCUAUGAUCGACUCCUUCCGUCUCCUCUUCAUUCCUGUUAAUGCUGUUUCACAGAUGAGUGUGAUAAGAGACAAUAUGGCACUGCUAAAGCACAGGGACCUCUACAAUCCACACACACAUGGCGACAUGGAUGACGGGUGUCUUUUUAUUUGGUUCGAGGGCCCACCUCACAAAGCCACACACUGAGCUGCAAUUGAAGGCCACUUGGAGGGGGAUUUCGAAGUUGUGGCGCAGUUCAAGUGUGCCCAUUUUGCGUGGCGGUCGACUCACAGCAGGUUGAUAGCGAAUAAAGUCAUUUUCACUUCAAA